AUGUUUUCGCAGCAUUGUCUUUGCGCAAAGACUGCGGCCAUCUUCUACCUCACUUUUUGUACUUCUCUCUUAUGGGCUACAGCUGUAGCUACUACCUCCAAUCCUGUCGUCAUUAAUGCAACUAAAACCAUUGAAUUCUCGUCUGCAGUCCAACUGGCAUCCUCUGUACAAUGGCAGCUAGAUCAGCUUGCGACUAUCCCAGCCAUUCCGAUUCCAAAGAACAUCACGGCGCUGCCUGCCUAUCAAGCUGUCGAUAAGCUGGCUCCGGCCUUGCCUGUGAUCCAAGCAGGUAUUAAACCUCCAUUGGCCGAAAGCAUGAUAUCCGACUUGAGAUCCCGGAACAAUGUAUCAUCAACUGGAGACUCAUUAGCCGCUCGAACAAGCGCUCUUAGACUGUUAGUCGUUGGUGACUCUAUGACACAGGGCCAACAAGGCGACUACACCUGGAGAUAUAGACUCUGGGAGUGGUUUCAAGAGAAUCAAAUUGCCGUUGAAUUCGUUGGCCCGUACUCAGGGACGGUACCGCCUGACCCUGCUUCUCCGCCAUCACCACCACCGCUCUACGGAGCUACCGCGCAAACGACUCAGCCUGGCACAGAUGGAGGUUAUGCCAAGGACGUAGAUGCUGACUUUCUAGACAAUAGCAACCAUUUUGCCGUUUGGGGUCGCCCGACGGCUGUUGACGACGGUCUUAUUGGGGGCGUAUUGCAGCAAACCCCUGCAGACAUGAUGCUGCUGAUGCUCGGGUUCAAUGACAUGGCCUGGUUCUAUAGCGACGGUGCAGGAACAAUUGAUACCAUCGGCAGUUUGGUCUCCAAUGCGCGGGCCGUGAAUCCCAAUCUUCAAUUCGCCAUUGCGAAUGUGCCGCAACGGAGCUUCAUCGGCGGAAGACAGGACCUAGUUGACAACACCAACACAUAUAACGAGUUGUUGCCCGCUGCCAUCUCUCAAUGGUCGACUAAGCAGUCGCCGAUACACCUUGUCGAGCUUCAACAGAAUUACGACUGUCAGCCCAGUGGCUGCCCAGCAGGUUAUGAUGGCCUGCACCCAAAUGCUUGGGGCGAAUAUUUGAUAGCCCAAGCUUUUGCACAAACCCUGCUCAAGGACUUUGGCAUAGGACAUGUGCCUCUCGCUAUACCUGAUGCAAAUGAUCCAAGUCUCGCCAGAGAUCUUCCAGUUCCGUCAAAUUUCCAGGUCUUCACCAGCCCUCAAGGCGUGUCUGCAACCUGGGAUGAAGGCAAGAACCUCACCAAGCCAUUGUAUGGAGCUUACAGUUACGACGUUGUAGUCUCUAUCAAUGAAGGCGCAAACACCUAUUCACCAACAACGACAUCGUACAACAGGUGGGAUUGCCAAUGGCCGCUCGCCGGAUGGACAUAUGGCGUGUCUGUCCGAGCAAGUGCCGGUGACACGAGAAAGGGAGCCUAUACUGGAACAUUGUCAGCAGUUGCUCAACCACAGCUCGCGCCUCCGCCUGAGAAUGUCGUAGUCACGCCCACAGAAACUGGCUUUACAGUAACGUGGGACCCUCCGACUGGUGAUUAUACAGACAGCAUUGUUGAAUACAAUGUGCUCUAUUGGGACUGGAGCCCCACGGAUUGCCAAGCUAUUUCCGGAGCUGCAUUCAAAUCGUCGCCAGCGGUCAUUGAAGGACUCAAUCCAGGAACCAACUAUCUCAUCGCCCCGGUGACUUGGAACAAGAAUGGACAGGGAUUGCCUUUUAUCGCCCAGAAUGCUGUUCCCGGAGCCGGUACUCCUGCUGUGCCUGGUGCCCCGUCAGUCCAUUCCAAUGACCCUACCACCGUACACAUCACCUGGGAGGGCUCGAGCCUGGCCGGAGGAUAUCACGUCUGGUCAAAGAAUAUCAACCAAGCUGGCAGCGAAUGGAAAGUAAUUGCCAACGUAACAGAGUCUACCUGCAACGACGAGUACUUCCUCUUUCCCGGAGUAUGGAACUACGCGUUUGCAAUCUCCGCUUUCAACGGCAAUGAAGAGUCUGAGAUGGGACCAUCGAGUGUUGCGCCCUCGCCCCCUAGCAGCGUCACCGAGGGGAGCCCCGGCCCAACCUGUACCGCAGCAGCAUCAUCGUGCCUAUUAUAA